AUGGCUGUGCAAUCCAAAUUCUCCGUUGCAGAUGCAUCCCUCAAAUCUCUUCUUUCCUCCCUCACUACCCGUUACCUCAAACACCGCAAACUCAUCUCGAGGGGCGUCUACCUAACCCUCUUCCUCGCCCUCAUCAAGCGCGUCCACAAUGCAAUCGCAGAGCAAAAGGCGGCCUCUCAGCGCAUAGCGGAGAUCCGCGGACGGCCGGGCACGAGCAAUAUUAAUGGCAACGGGGAUGGUGGAACUGAGGAUAACAAUGGCAGAGCUAAUAACGGGGCGGAGAGCCUGGCACGAAAGAGCGUGGGGUUGAAUUGGGAAUUCGUCAAGAAUCUCCUUCGUUUGUUGAAGAUUAUUAUCCCCGGAUGGAAGAGCAAGGAACUGAGGUUACUGGCUAGCCAUUCGAUUUUUUUGGUGCUGCGCACGUUGUUGAGUGUGUAUGUUGCCGAGCUGGAUGGGAAGAUGGUUAGUAGUUUGGUGAGAGGGAAGGGGAGGGAGUUUUUGCUGAGCCUUACGUGGUGGAUGGCCGUGGCUGUCCCGGCGACGUUUACGAAUUCAAUGCUUUCUUAUCACCCAUGUCAACUAGCUCUUCAGUAUCGGAAACGUCUGACGGAUUACGUACAUGACCAUUACCUGGCGAACAUGUCCUUUUAUACCCUGUCUGCCUUGGAUGACCGGAUCAAGAACCCAGACCAACUCAUAGCGGUCGACAUCUCGCGUUUUUCAAAUAGUCUGGCAGAACUGUACUCUAACCUCGCCAAGCCAAUCCUUGACAUGGCUAUUUACAAUUAUUCGUUGUCGAAGAGCGUGGGUGGUGAGGGUCUUUUCAUCAUGUCACUCCUUGUCCAAUUAUCUGCAAACGUGAUGCGCAUCCUCACGCCACCUUUUGGGAAAUAUGUUGCCGAUGAAGCACGGUUAGAGGGAGAGUUUCGAUUCCAGCAUACGAGACUUAUUGAUUACAGUGAAGAGAUCGCUUUGUACCGUGGCCAUGAGGUGGAGAAGGACACUUUGGACAAGGGUUAUUUUACACUCAUAAAACAUGUGAAUCGCAUCUUGCGAAGGAGGCUGUAUUAUGGCUUCAUGGAGGACUUUGUGAUUAAGUAUUUCUGGGGCGCCCUUGGGCUGGCUUUGUGUAGUGUUCCAGUUUUCUUUAAGCUUCCUGGGCAGAUCGCGGCGACAAUGGGGGAUAGGACAGAGAGCUUUGUCACCAACAGGCGGCUUCUACUAUCUUCGUCCGAUGCCUUCGGGCGGGUGAUGUUUUCUUACAAGGAAAUUUCGCAGCUAGCCGGCCAUACCGCUCGCGUAACAUCUCUUCUAGACGUCAUCGAUGAUGUUGCAGCUGGACAUUUUGAAAAGAAACUCGUUUCAUCCGCUUCAACGGAGGAGAACGCUGCGGUCCUCCGCGGUCGCGGCACGAUCAUGGAAAACGAUUUCAUCGAGUUCGUCGAUGUCCCUAUCGUCUCUCCCAACGGGGACGUUCUGGUCCAGAAACUAUCUUUCACCGUCUACCCCGGCGACCACCUCCUCAUUGUUGGUCCCAACGGAUGCGGGAAGUCCUCUCUCUUCCGAAUCCUGGGUGGCCUAUGGCCUGUAUAUGGCGGGACCGUCAAAAAACCCUCAUUCGAAGACAUCUUUUACAUCCCACAACGGCCCUACCUGUCCCGCGGCACAUUGAGGCAGCAGGUCAUAUACCCGGACGGCCUACGCGAGAUGCGCGCCAAGGGCGUCACUGACGAAGAUCUGUAUACGAUUCCUCAGUGUAGUGAAGAUCGCUUUCCAUCGUUGACCGACCGGGGCGGGGUGGGAUGCGGAGGAAGAGUGGCGCGAUGUCCUUUCUCGUGGGCUACAGCAGCGCGUUGCCAUGGCGAGGCUCUUCUACCAUAA